AUGGAUGGUAAUUAUAAUUGGUGGGAUGAUGAGGAUGCUGAGUUUGUGUUUGUUGACACUGGAGUCAAUGACAGCAAGCAUCAGAACCAACAAGCAUACACUCCUUGUGAAUCAUCAUCAGAAGAAGAACACAGUUAUUACCCAAAUUAUUAUUAUAAUCCCAAAGAGCACAUAUACAACUACCCCCACUACUCAUCAUCAUCAGUGGAACUCAAUUGUGAUUCCAAAACCAGAGAAAAAACCCACUCCACUCUUCCCUCAUCAUUUAUCAUUGACAGAAUUUGGUGA